ACGAGAAGAGACGAGGGGGGAUGGGUGGCAGGGAGGGCACGGCCAGGUUCCUUGGGAAAGGGGGUCCCCAGCCAGGCUGGUGGGCAGGGCGGUAGAGACGAGGGUGGAAAAGUGCUGCUGCUGCUUGCUCGCGCUGGGGGAGAUUGCGGUGCUGCUCUGCUAGGCGACAGCGCUUUCAAGCUGGAGUCUGCCGACGAAGCGACUGACUCGCCGCUCGCAGAGCGGCGCGUUCUUAAGCGCAGUGACAAGGGCGGCUACAUGUACUACCACAUCGAGAACUCGGCACUCAGGUGCAUGGAGAGCUUGGAACCUAAGACUCCCAGCUGGACGGAGAACGACCUGCUGGUGCUGAUCACCGAGUACUGGAAGCGGAAGGACAUUCUGCGCGCCAAGGCCUCGGAGAGCGUGACCAACCUGCAGAAGCGCGAAUGCUGGAUCGAGAUCACCGACGUGGUGAACGCGCGUUGCUUCACACCGCACACCAGGAAGACCAUGGACCAGCUGAAGCGCAAGUGGGAGAAGACGAUCAUGCUAGCCAAGAAGGCCGCGCUCAACAUCCAGAAGCGAUCCGGUAAUCUGUCAGACUUGGCUCCGGCCUACCAGCUGGCCUUGUCCAUAGUCUGCGAGGAUUUUCCGGCGUCCCUGGAAUGCGCGAACGGCCUCGCCGCGGCAGAUGUGCCCUCUCUCGCUGAGCCACCGAAUGCUGGCGGAUAUAUCGACGAAGUGUCCAGCAUGGUGAUCACGGAGCUAGAGGAAGAGUCAUCGGGCGACGGGCCGCCGGUUGCCAAGGGCGACAAGACGCAGUCGGUCAAGGCGGAGAUGCUGAGCGAGGCUGCCGAGUGCGCGCCUCACUCGCUGGGCAGCCGUGCGUUCCAGCCCGUCCUGUCCGGCAGCAGCACUCAGGACGGCGCCACCGACGGCAACCACCAGCAUCACCAGCCACACGAAGCUCAAGACGCGACUGCCGAGUUCGUCAACAACUUCCGCAAACGCAAGUGGGAGCAAGACCUGGUGGAACUGCAGAAGGAAAAAGUGCGCCGCCAGAUACAGUACCACAAAGUCCAGCACGAGCUCCAGAUGAGCGUGCUCCGGUCGCAGAUGGAGUUCUGGGAGAUGAAGAAGUCCAAGCUGGCUGCUGAGAUACGCCAAGGUGGCAUCCCCACGUUGCUGCCAAUGAUGCCGUCAGCAAAUGCAUCUACCACGUAGCCUCGGCUGCCAUGAUGUCGCAAGAGGGCGACCCAGUAAUCUUCCACAGUGUUUUGGGCCUUUCAGGCUCCGAUACAUCAGUGCUCAUCGAACGGCCUUUCACAGCCAUCCAUCACAAGAAUCAUAUUCACCCGUGCGAAGUGUCUGCGCAAACACUCGUUGAUAUACUGUGUGCAUGUGAAAACAAC